UGUGUGACAACAAGGGUUUUCCAUCAAUCAUCUUUCUUGAUCGCUUUCUCUGUGCUUAAUUAUUUGUCAAACCCACUUUCUUUGCCAUUCUUCAUUGAUCUGGGUUUUUCAUUUCUUAUGAAAAAGAUCAAGAUUUGUGUGUGUUUUUAAGUGGGUUUUCACAUACAACCUUCUUCAGUAAUGGGUAAUGUAAAUGGCAGAAAAGCAAACAGUGAAGAGCUUGAUCAAGAUGAGCAAGGCCAUGUCCAGGCGCAGGUUAGCAGCAGUCAUCAUGCACAUAUGGUUAACCCCUCUUCUCAUAUGUGCACUCCUCAGGUCCCUGUUGAUCCUUGUCAAAACCCUAAUCAAAUCAUGCAAAUGGAAAAGAUUGGAUCUAACGAACCAUCAACACAAUAUCGAACCGCCGUAAUCAGAUGGAUUCAUGACGGAACUCGGGUUGCUAUUGAGGGAUCAUGGGAUUACUGGAAAACAAGAGAAUUCCUAGAUGGAUCAUCGGGCAGCGAAUUUUCUAUCGUUAAGAUGCUUAGUGUCGGUGUUCAUCUUUAUCGUUAUAAUGUUGAUGGGCAGUGGACUUAUGCUCCUGAGUUGCCACACGAGUGCGAUGAAAUGGGAAACAUUUUCAACGUAUUGAACUUGAAAAACAAUUUUCAAGAACCCGAGUGCCCGUCAUCACCGAUAUCAAGCUACAGCAAUCCAGCCUUCACUUUAGACGAUCUGAACGAGAAGCUGCCUGAAUUACCUCCGUUACUACAACAGAUGCCUCUAAAUCAGGCAGCUGCCUCCACGAACCACCUAGAGGAACCGUUAUCGGUCAAUUUAAACCAUCUGUACUGUCAAAGAGGCGAUCGCAGUCAGCCAACUCUUGCGCUGAGUUCUUCCCUGCGAUUUCGGUCCAAAUUUGUUACUGCAGUGCUGUACAAGCCGUUAAAGAAAGUAGGAAACUAGAAACUUGCCGUCUUUUUUGAUGGAAU